AUGCAUGGGUACGACCACAGGUACCUUGAAGAAGACAAUGAAGAAGAACGGUACGACGGAGGCGAGAACAGUGAAGAGCUCGGGGAAGAGGAAGACGGAGAUAUGAUGGUAGGAGGAAAUGGAGAAGACGAAGUAGACGACGGCGAUGAAGAUGCCGAAUUGGCAGCAGCAGAAGCCGCAGCAUUAGCAGCUCAACAACAACCACAACCUGGAGGAGCAUUUCAAAACGUCGGGCAAGGCCUAAUUGGGAAGUAUAAAGAGUUGAUGUUAGAGUAUUGGCAAGAGACCAUCAACUCGAUUGAAAAUGACGAUCAUGAUUUCAAGAACCAUCAAUUACCACUUGCUAGAAUUAAAAAGGUGAUGAAGACUGAUGAACAAGUGAAGAUGAUUAGUGCUGAAGCCCCCAUAUUGUUUGCCAAAGGAUGUGAUGUGUUCAUAACGGAGUUAACCAUGAGAGCUUGGAUCCAUGCGGAAGAGAAUAAACGUCGGACCCUUCAGAAAUCCGACAUUGCUGCUGCUUUAACUAAGAGUGACAUGUUUGACUUUUUAAUUGACGUUGUACCUCGGGAACUUGAGAAGCCAAAGAAGUCGUUUCCUUUGACUCGGAACACCUCCAACGCGUUUGGACCGAGUCACUACAAUGACCAACAACAACCUUUGGAUCAUGAUGGUGGUGUGGCUCAAAAUGGGUUUAUGUUUCAACAACAACAAGAUCACAUACAACUGCAGCGGGAUCUGCAGUUGGUUCAACAACAACAUCAUCAGCAUGACCCCCGACAAAACCAACACCAAGAUCAAGUUCAACAACCUUCACUCCAAUUUGGUGGUGUUGGAGGUGGGAUACCGCCUGUAUUGUCACAACCUUCCACUUCUUCAGUCACAAUGACCCAGCUUCCACCUCCUCCCGCUUUACAACACCUACCUCAAUUGACUGGAGAUCGACACGAGAUGGGAGGUUCUGAGUUUAAUUCGCAGGUUAUUGGAACAAACUAUGAAGGAGACUAUUAA